GUCACGACCUGCGCCGAGCUGGCCGCGCGCGUCGCGCAGGGGCUGGGGCGGACGCGCCUGUCGCCGCCGCAGCCGCCCGCCGCGGCCGCGGAGACCGCGGCUCCCGGGAGGUGCGGGGAGCCCCAGGGGCUGGAGUGCCUCGUUCGCGAGGCCCUGCUCUUGAUGGCCGAGACCAGCCGGCGCGCCGAGAGAUCGGACAGCCGAGCGCGGCGCGCCGAGAGGCUGAUCGAGGUGGCC